GAGCACGUGGAGCCCGAGCUGCAGCCCGCGCCAUGGAAGAUAUCCAACCGAGCGUGGAGCUGAAGAGCUCUGAGGAGCAGCCGCUGUCCACAGGAGGUCCGGUGGCUUUGAGCGAUUACAGUUUAACCAAACCUCCAGAGGUGGGAAACUUGGACAGUGUGGAAGGUCCAGGCGAUGACGAUGAAGAUCUAGAUGAUUCAGUGAAAGUGAAGGAUGAAUACAGUGAAGGAGAGGGGAAUGUUUUAAAGCCAGAGCCCAUGGGCACUGUGGAGGAGCCUGAAAUUCCUUACAGCUAUGCAAGAGAAUAUAACGAGUAUGAAAACAUCAAGCUGGAGAGACACGCUGCCUCCUACGACAGCGGGAGACCAGGCAGUGGCAAGAUGAACUGCGACGUGUGUGGCUUGUCCUGCGUGAGCUUCAACGUCUUAAUGGUCCACAAGCGGAGCCAUACUGGUGAACGCCCAUUCCAGUGUAAUCAGUGUGGGGCAUCCUUUACGCAGAAAGGCAACCUCCUGCGCCACAUUAAGCUGCACACGGGGGAAAAGCCUUUCAAGUGUCACCUCUGCAGCUACGCCUGCCAAAGGAGGGACGCGCUCACAGGACACCUGAGGACGCACUCAGUGGAGAAACCCUACAAAUGCGAGUUUUGCGGGAGGAGCUACAAGCAGAGAAGUUCCCUGGAGGAGCACAAGGAGCGCUGCCGCACUUUUCUCCAGAGCUCCGACCCGGGGGACGCUGCAGCAAGUGCGGAGGCAAGACACCUCAAAGCAGAGAUGGGAAGUGAAAGAGCCCUCGUUCUGGACAGAUUAGCAAGCAAUGUGGCAAAACGAAAGAGCUCAAUGCCUCAGAAAUUCAUUGGUGAAAAGCGCCACUGCUUCGACGUCGGCUACCCCAGCUACCUGUUCGAGAAGGAGGGCGAGCUGAUGCAGACCCGCAUGAUGGACCAGGCCAUCAAUAACGCCAUCAGCUACCUGGGCGCCGAGGCCCUGCGCCCCCUGGUGCAGACUCCGCCUGCGCCCCUGUCCUCCGAGAUGGUCCCGGUCAUCAGCAGCAUGUACCCCAUAGCCCUCACCCGGGCCGAGAUGCCCAAUGGUGGCGCCCAAGAGCUGGACAAGAAGAGCGUCCCCCUGCCGGAGAAGAGCCUGCCUUCUGAAAGAGGUCUGUCCCCCAACAACAGCGGCCACGACUCCACGGACACCGACAGCAACCACGAGGAACGCCAGAACCACCUGUACCUGCAGAAUCACACCGUCCUACCCCGGGCCCGCAACGGGGUGCCGCUCCUGAAGGAGGCGCCCCGGGCCUAUGAACUCCUCAAGCCGCCUCCCCUCUGCCCGAGAGACUCGGUCAAGGUGAUCAGCAAAGACGGGGAGGUGGCAGAUGUGUUCCGGUGCGACCACUGCCGCGUGCUCUUCCUGGAUUACGUGAUGUUCACCAUUCACAUGGGCUGCCACGGCUUCCGCGACCCCUUUGAGUGUAACAUGUGUGGCUACCGGAGCCAGGAUCGGUACGAGUUCUCGUCCCACAUAGCUAGAGGCGAGCACAGAGCCAUGCUCAAGUAGAGCGCGCCGGCGGGUGAUGUGCUCUUGAGAAACUGAAAACCCCCAUCGAUUGCUGCCGAGUCUGCGAUCCUGUCCAUGCUGCACUUAGUAUGCCAGGGUCUGAGGCAGAGGAACACCGUGCAUUCAGAAGUGUUUGGUUGCUACUUUGUUUGAAUUUUAUGGAAUUUAAAAGACCAAAGAAGUAUUUAGUCAUUACAUUUUUUUCUUUCUUUCUUUCUU